AUGCGUUAUAUAGAUCGAGCGCAGUAUGAAAUCCUACAAGAUGAGGAAGUACCGUACAAUGCGGAAGAUCUUGAACGCCUCCCACUGGUACCUCUUCAGCUAGAUUCGACACACAAUUUGGAUUUGUUUUUUUCCCAGAUUUAUGAGUACCACCAACUCGGUGGGUUUACUGUGAUAACGGCCAACUACGUGCUUUCCGCGUUGAAGUUCGUGUUCCUCUUUUUCUGUUGUAUGGAGCUGGUGGUGUGUAUGAAAUGGAGCAAGGUACUGGACCCCAAGACGACCAUCAACACGUGGGAUGACAUUGCGGUUUCACCGGCGGUAUGCUGGGCCUCGUUGCCACCGUUCGCUGCGCUCUGCCUCUUCGUCGCCAUCCUUGUUUUCGUCUAUCAUCUAAUUCGCUCGGUUAUAGCGCUGGCUCAGAUGUGGGGUGUUCGUCGCUUCUGCACUAUAGCUCUCGAUAUGCCUACAAGCGACUCCGAGCUGAACGACUUGACCUGGAGCGAGGUCCUGCGGCGUCUUCUCUCCGUACAGGCGCAAAUGCCCAUUUGGCGCACCAAGGUAUUGGACGAACUCGAUGUUUACAAUCGCAUUCUCCGUCAGACGAACUACCUCAUUGGUAUGGUUAACCGGGAGGUCAUCCCCUUUCGGUUUCACCUACCUAUGGUCUCUAACCCCUAUAUCUACCUACCGCACUACUAUCUCCUUAAUCUCAAAUUCCUUCUCUUUUUGGGACCCAAGUCUCCCUUCGCGUCUUACUCGCAGCUGCGUCCCGAGUACAAGUUCCUCACAAGGCGACUCGAACUUGCUGCUGAAAUGGCCAAACACUCCCGCAUCAUUGGCCUCAUUGGCCUUAUUCUAAGCCCUCUUGUCUUCCUUAUACAGAUUCUCCUAUUUCUCUUCUCUAACGCUCAACGAUUGCGUUAUCAACCGGCACAACUUUUCUAUCGAAGCUGGUCCAAUUAUGCUCGUUUGUAUCUGCGUCACUUUAAUGAGCUCCCACAUGAAUUUGACAUGCGCUUGAACCAAGCCUACAAACCAGCAACAGAGUACUUGGAUUGUUUCCAAUCUCGCCUCUUGAGCGUUACGGCAUCACACUUGGCCUUCACUUUUGGUGGCCUUUCAAUUCUCCUUUUCGUGAUCAGUCUUUUUAGGGAGGGUUUAAUCCACCUCACUGGUUAUUUGGCCGCGAUGGCGGUUGGUGGUCUGAUCGCUAACGUAUGCGCCAACUUCACCCCCACAGAGGAUGCUAUCCGCUUUCCCCGAGCCUCGCUUCUCGCCACCUUAGCGAAGAUCCACUACAUGCCCGAUAGUUGGAAGGAUAACCCCCACGCGCACAACGUACGCUCCGAGUUUUCGCAACUCUUUCAAUUCCGCGCGGUUGGUGCAGUUGAAGAAAUUCUGUCUCCCAUCCUCGUACCCCUAAUCAUGCUCUUCUAUAUGCCCCAUCGAGGUCUGGACAUCGUGGACUUUCUGAGAAAUUUCACCACAGAAUUGGAUGGGGUUGGUGAUGUUUGCAGUUUCGCACAACUGGAUAUACCACGCCAUGGUGAUCCUGAGUGGUGCCCCAUUGUUGGCACAGCCCCUUCAUCGCCUUCUUUGGGUGAUGGGGGCUCCGACGACAGCAUUGGUGUUCGAAAUCUUCCUGCAGUUGGUGGGAAAACUGAACUAAGUCUGAUGCAUUUCCACCACACCAAUCCUACCUGGUGCCUUCCUCCUAAUAGCAAGGCUUUCCUCAGUGCCGUCAGGAAACAGGCCUUUAACGAUCUGCAGCGACACCAACGAGUGCAAGCUGAUUUUAUCUGGGGUAUGAAUGCGUCCACUUCUCCUCUUUUUGCAUCACUCUACGCUGAGCAAGAUAUCAAAACCACUACAGCAAUGUCUGCGCAGCAAAAGUCUGAUCAAGUCUACUCAUCCGACUUUUCGAUUCAUGCUAAAAAUGUAUCCCAUAUGCCGACUGCCAUGGAACAGCCAUCCUUCGGCGUGGCAGGCGCACUGAUCGAGUCGGUGAGUAAGGGGAAUACACGGACACCAAAUACUGAAAUUGGGACACCAGCUGAAGUUUCGUCCCCGACCUUGCCGCGUCAGACGGAAAGACAGGGUGCUUCUAGGUCUGCAUCAUUGCUGGUCGCCCCUAUCUCAAUACCGUUUCAUGGAAUGGCCACCUCGGGCCUCUACUACAAUCAGCAGGCCCUCUAUCAACCCUACAUGUCACAAAUGGAAGAAAAAACCAUGAACAUAAGCCUUAUGAGUCCCAGCGUCGGUGGUAGUAUGUCUUACGGAGAAUUCACUACAGACAUGGACAUCAGUUCGCUGUACAUUCAUGAUCUUCACCAAAGACGGCGAAACGCACACCGACUGUCUCAAACAUCUUCUACCUUGCUCCCAUGUGUAGCCUCCAACCUGCGCCAACGCUCCUUCACGAGUGAUGGUUUGCAGGAGGAGCUGCGCUACCAACAACCGGCUCAUCGUUACCUGGGUGCUGCUGGGCGGGGCCGCGGACUGGUGCACGGAGUCUCCGUGCCUGCAAGUCUGCGCUCGGCCCGCCAGUUCGAGGGCGUGGUAGAGGAAGAGGUGGACGCCGACGUCGAAGAGGAGAACACUCUCACUACGUCGACCUCACAGCAGCAGCAAACAACUUCGGUUUCCUCCUCCACCGUUAUCGCCGCCGUUUCACCCCACAUUCUCGGUGAUGAUGUGCAAAAGUGGCCCGACCUUCCACCACCCACCUGCUAG